AAGUUGUUGUGAAUCUCAUGUUUUGCGCGCUCCCUGUGCUCCUUGAACUAUUCCACUAAGACUCGCCACCUGAAGAAACUCGGGCAGACCCUGCAAAGUAUCGGUAUUUUCAAUUGAAAGCUGGACAUUGGAUUUAAGCCUUUGCGCUUGUCCUGGAAUCCGCGUUACGUUGUUUUGCUUCAUAACUUGACAGUAUGGAACAGAACAACAGUCUACCCCCUUUUCCUCAAGGCCUGGCAUCUCCACAGGGAGCCAUGACGCCUGUCAUGCCCAUUUUCAGUCCUAUGAUGCCGUAUGGCACAGGCCUCACACCGCAGCCAGUGCAGAACACAAACAGCUUGUCGCUCCUGGAGGAGCAGCAGAGGCAGCAGCAGCAGCAGCAACAACAACAACAGGCAGCCUCACAACAGCAGGGUGGGAUGGUGGCAGGUUCAGGUCAGACACCCCAGCUCUACCACUCACAGGCUGUCUCCACGACAACAGCACUGCCAGGCAACACACCACUUUACAACACACCUCUUACACCUAUGACCCCUGUCACUCCUGCCACACCAGCCUCUGAGAGUUCUGGCAUUGUUCCCCAAUUACAGAAUAUUGUGUCCACUGUAAACUUGGGGUGCAAACUUGACUUGAAGACAAUAGCACUUCGAGCCAGAAAUGCUGAAUAUAAUCCAAAGCGUUUUGCUGCUGUCAUCAUGAGAAUACGAGAACCCAGAACAACAGCUCUCAUUUUCAGCUCUGGAAAGAUGGUGUGCACUGGAGCGAAAAGUGAGGAACAGUCUCGAUUGGCAGCCCGAAAAUAUGCCAGAGUGGUGCAGAAGUUGGGUUUCCCUGCCAAAUUCUUAGACUUUAAAAUUCAGAACAUGGUAGGCAGCUGUGAUGUCAAGUUUCCCAUCCGGUUAGAGGGUCUGGUGCUUACACACCAACAGUUUAGCAGCUAUGAACCGGAGUUAUUUCCCGGAUUAAUCUACAGGAUGAUCAAACCCAGAAUUGUCCUUUUAAUAUUUGUUUCAGGCAAAGUUGUACUCACAGGUGCAAAGGUUAGAGGAGAAAUAUAUGAAGCAUUUGAGAACAUAUACCCCAUUUUAAAAGGAUUCAGGAAGACAACAUAAUCCCUGUGCAGUGCACCAUUCUGCGUUCACUAGUGAAGUCAUUACUGAGCCCAUCGGAAUGUCUGGAUU